AGAGAGAGAGAGAGAGAGAGAGAGAGAGAGAGAGAGAGAGAGAGAGAGAGAGAGAGAGAGAGAGAUCCUCAUAACACACAUUAUGUAGCUAAAAUUCAUUAUUAGACUUAAUGAUUGCAAAAUGCAGUAUUGUGUAAAAAAGCAUCUACCCUAAUUGGUAAUUUUAUACCAAACUGGGACAUUCCAUAUCCACAUUCAUGAAGAUAUAAUUUGAUAUCAACAUCUUCUAAUCUGUAGAAACUGAUCUUUAUGUCUCACUCGUUCUUCUUUAUCUGCAAAAUCUGUACAUUUGGCAUCUAAACUCACAUUCUGCAAGUCAGAAUUCUAACAUCCAAUGUACCUCUAAUAUAUACUCAGUUUUUCUUUUUUAAUUUAUUGUAUGUAUACAAGGACAAUUUUCAUGUUUCUUUAGGUUACCUUUUCCAAGUUUAUGGUAACUUUACAAUACAUGUACCUCUAAUAUAUACUCAGUUUUUCUUUUUUUAAUUAAUUGUGUGUAUACAUUGACAAUUUUCAUGUUUCUUUAGGUUACCUUUACUAAGUUUAUGGUAACUUUACAAUACAUGUAAACUUGCAACAUUAAUUGAUAUAAUUUGAAGGAAUUCGGGUAUAUACUUUUUAAAAAAGGAAAUGCACAUUUUAUCAGUGUAUGGUAAUUGUGGUAUAAAUUUUCCUAUAUAUUUUAUAUUGUCUUUUUAAUAAUGCAAAUUUCUUUUGUGGUGUAAAUUUGUAUUUUAUAGACAUUGUUACUUGUUACUUGGGGUGUUUGUUCAAGGCUCCGCUCCACUGCGAGACAGCGCUCAGUAGAGCCUCCCUCAAAAGCAACUAUCAUCUAUAAUUGUCUUUGAUUUCUAUGCCUUUAAAAUCAUAAACUUCCUUGAACAAAUGUGUCUUCAAUUUCUUUUUGAAGAUAUCGAUCCUGACACAACCUUUGAUAUCACUCGGCAGUUUAUUGUAAAUCCUUGCUGCGCAUCUUGCAAAUGCUCGACAACCCAUGUCAAGGUUAUUUCUUAGCUCAUGUAGUCUGUAUGGGUCUGCAUCAUGUCUCAGCUCCAUCGUAGUGUCAUGGAAGAUGCAGAAUGCUUCCCUUUCUUUUGGCAAAGCAUUUAUUGCUUAGAUGUAAGAAAAGUUUUUAUAUAAUAAGUAAUUUUAUUUUCAAUUUAGUUUGUUACUUUAGUUUCUUAGUUGUUUUAAUAUUUUCACUAAAACCUGCAAUGAUUCAAAGCAUUAAAAUUUGUGCACAGAGUCAAUAAGUAUUUACAAGAAAGAGAGGGAUUUAGUGAAGAGAAUUUGCAGCUUCUAGCAAAGGUAUUUGAAGGUGGCUGUAGAACAAAAAUUAUAUGUCCCAGAGUGGUAAGUGAUUAAUGAAAGAUAUGCUGAAUGUCAGUAGAAGUUAAAAUGCUGUCUUUAAUUUUAGUUACAAUCAUCACAUUAAUAUACCUAAUUGGUAACUUGUAGCAUCAUUAGGAAUAUUGUGAAGGAAAUAAAUAUCAAGAGAUUGAAGAGAAUAGUGGCAAUCAUUUUAUUUAUUCAGUCAUGUUCUCCUUGGCUUUAGGAAUGAGUUUGAUUACGUAAUUCUAACAUUAAUGAGAUCUCAUUCUUUCAGAUUAUUAUUUUUUCUUUUUUUAGUGUAUAGGUAAUAAUUUGCCACAGAAGUACAGGGCACUAUGCUAGACCUGUACAAGUGGAAUACCACAGAAAUCUGUUUGGGUUCCUUGCUAUUCUGUAUAGUAUACUUAAGCAUUCUACCUUUGUAUAUCUUGAAUAACUAUAUUAUUUGCUGACGACUUGAAUAUUUAUAAGUAAGAUCUGACAAUUAUUCCAGUUUGUUAGGGAUUCAUCGUAAAGCAAUAUGGAUGAGAUUUGCGCCAUUGUUGCCUGGUAGCGCUUGAGGCUUGAUGCUUGAGAAUGUUCAAGAGUCAGCAUUGUCAAGAUUGUAAGAUCAUUAUCAAGAUCCAUGACGUCACGUGUAAACAAAAUCAUCACUGGAGAUCUGUAAGUCCCACAAAUCUUUAACAAGAACAAAUCCCAUUAAGAACAAGAACAAAUUUGGUGAUCAAGACACUCCACAUUUCUUCUUGACCUACAGAAAACGUCUAGACAUAACAGCUCCACCAAAUUCAAUCUGUUGACUGCAGCCACCACCACCAUAUACGACCCCAUCCGAUCCCCAUUGGUUCUGCUUGCACCUCCUGCAUGGCCCCUUCUUGUAGGGAGACCAAGAAGCGUUUCUUGUCUUAGAUAAUGACAAAGUGUGCUAUAAAUGGCUGUAGUAAUAAUAAGUGCAAUAAACAAGGAAACUUUCAUUUUUAUCGCUUCCCAAAGACAAAGUCCGUAGCAAGACAGUGGAUUAACGCAUGUAGUCGGACAGAUAAGUUGAACCCUGAGACUGCCAGAGUUUGUUCUCAGCAUUUUAAGGCCACAGACUAUACACAUAGCUGUAUCAUCAAGAGUGAGCUAUUCGGCAAGUCUUCAGUGGCAGUGCGUUCACUGAAUGCCAAUGCUGUACCUUCGUUGUUUCUCCCAAAGCAGGGAAAUGGUUCAGAUAAAAACCCUAUGUGUGAUAAAGUGAUCAUGAUCAAGGAGGAGGAUGUUGAUGUGCAGAUCAAAGAAGAGGAGAUUGAAGUAGAACAAGAAACCACAUUUUUCAGUGAGAUGGAAGGGAUGUAUAGCCAACAAGAGAAAAGAUCUCUAUCACCUCCCUUUCAUAAGAAUAUUCCUGAAUCAAAAAGACAGUGGCCAGGUGUGAAAGGAAGUUUAACAGAGAAUGGGGAAACAAUGGAGUGGUGUAAGAAUAACUCUGGACAACAAACCAGUAGUACUGCAUCUCCUACCUUUGGUCACUUGGUAAAUAAUACAAGGAACACACAACAGCUUACCACUCAGACGAAACAGGUGGUGAUGAAUGUCCAUGACUUCUUUCGUAGCCAGAACCAGCUAGUGAGUGAGAGUGACCUUGAAAUUAAAGUAGCAGCAGCCACAGGAAUUUCAGUGCGUUCAGUGCAGCGUGUUAAAAGGCAAGCCAAAGAGGGUAGGCUUCUCUCACCCCCUCUGGUCAGGACCCGACAGUCCCCAGUGUUAGGUAGUAUUGAUGACUUUGUUGAAGGAUGCUUAAGAAAAGAAAUUCUGUCCUUUUAUGAAAGAGGUGAAAUACCUACAUUAGAUGCUCUCCUUGAAAUAGUCAAGGAACCUCCAGUACAUUUUCAGGGUGGGAGGACUUCCCUUCAUAAAAUUAUCAAGAAUAUUGGUUUUCAGUAUACAAGAAUAACAGGUGGAAGACAAAUAUUAAUUGAAGAAAAGGACAUUGUCACUUCUCGCUGCAAUUUCUUAAAUGUUCUUGAUGAUAACAGAAAUUCUAGCAGUCCACGUUCGGAAGUUUAUAUAGAUGAAACUUUUGUGUGCCAAAAAGAAUUUGAAGGAACCAUAGGUCCAAAAUUCAAAAAGAAGAAAAUGAAGUAUGUUAUUGUGCAUGCUGGUGGGGAAAAGGGUUUUGUUUCAGGAGGGUUACAUGUGUUCAAACCUCAAAUAAAUAACAGGGGACACUACAAAGAUAUGGUGACACCUCAGUGUUUCCAGAUUUGGUUUAAGGAUCAACUACUUCCAAACAUUCCUAAUAAUUCACUUAUUAUAAUGGACAGUGCUCACUGGCAUUCCAACAUUGUAAACAAAGUCCCAAAUACAAAUAUGAAAAAAAAUUCUAUUAUUCAGUGGCUACAAGAAAAUAAUAUUGCCCAUGACAAAACUGUUUCUAAAUCAGAACUCCUUCACAUAGUGAAUUCUUAUAAGGAAAAGUUAUAUGACAUUGACCUAUUAGCAAAAAAUUGUGGUCAUGAAGUGGUGAGACUUCCUCCUCAUCAUAAUCAUUUGAACCCAAUGGUUCUCAUUUGGCAUCAAGUAAAAUCAGAAAUAAAAAAGAAAUCUCAAGAUGGUCAAGCACUCCAAACCUUAGAGGAAAUCAUAAAAGAUAUAGUUACCAGUAUAACUGAAAAAGACUGGAGGAUAUGUAUGCAUCACAGUAGAAAAAUGGGAGAAGAGUACAAGAAUAAGGACAAGGCAGUGAAUUGUAUGCUUGAAAAAUUUUUGCAUCAACUUUGAUGAAUCUAGUAUGGAUGAAAAAGAUUAAUUGUGUUGGAUGAUAUAGAGAUUGCAUCAGUGAUCUCGGAAAAAGUUGAUGGAUGUCCUUCAUUAGAUUAACUAUUUUUAUACUUUGUGACUAAAUGUAUUAAAAUUGUGCAGAGCAAAAAAAAA